AUGGGCUGGGCGCUGCUGGGCGCGGGGCUGCUCAUGGCCCUCUACACGCUGCUCCGAUACGGGCUGCGCCGGGCCCCGCCGCCCCGCGCCCGCGCCGCGCUCCGCGGCAUCACCGCCAUCGUCACCGGGGGAAGCGGCGGCAUCGGGGCGGCCACGGCGCUGGAGUUGGCCCGCGGCGGAGCCCGCGUCGUCCUGGCGGCCCGCAGCGCCGUGCGGGGAGAGGCCACGGCCCGCCGCAUCCGCACGGAGACGGGGAACGCGGAGGUGCGGUUCAUGCAGCUGGACCUGGCCAGCCUGCGCUCGGUGCGAGCCUUCGCCAGCACCUUCCUGCGCCAGGAGCCCCAGCUGCACCUCCUCAUCAACAAUGCAGGGGUGAGCGCCGGGGGCACGACAGAGGACGGCUUCAGCCUCACCUUCCAGGUGAACCACCUGGGCCAUUUCCUGCUGACCCAGCUGCUGCUGGAGCGGCUGCGGAGCUGCGCGCCGAGCCGCGUGGUCAUCGUGGCCUCCCGCGCGCACUGCGCCGGCCGCCUGCGCCUGCACGCCUUGGGCCGCCCGCCCCCCGGCCCGCUGUCGACCUUCCAGGACUACUGCGACAGCAAACUGGCCAACGUGCUGCAUGCCCGCGAGCUGGCCACGCGCCUGCAGGACACGCAGGUGACGUGCUAUGCCGUGCACCCAGGGUUCGUCAACACCGAGCUCUUCCGCCACGCGCCGCUCUGGCUGAAGCCGCUGCUCCUGCCGCUGGCCUGGCUCUUCUUCCUCGACGCAGCUGAGGGCGCCCAGACCUCCCUGCACUGCGCCACGCAAGAGGGCCUCGAGCGCUUCAGCGGCCGCUACUUCACCGACUGCCGCCUGCAGGAGCCGUGGCCGGCAGCCCGCGAUGACCAGCUGGCCCGGGAGCUCUGGGACGCCAGCGAGAGGCUGGUGGGGCUGGUGGGGAGCGAGGGGAGCCCCUCGCCAGCCCCUGCUGCUGCCCUGCAAUAAAGUGACGGUGCUGGAAGGGAA